AUGGAACCUUGGAAACAAACAGCUAGAAACAAAAAGAACUUUGUCUUAUCAAAGAUCCCUGAAGGAUGGAUCUUACAAGAGAUUAAAACUCCAGAUGAAGAACCAAAUGUUUGUGAUUAUUUGGAUAAACUCUUAGAUGAACGUGAAGUUUACAUCACAAACUUGACAUUGAAACAAUUGUUAUCAGAACAAUUAUCAGGGAAGCUAUCAGCUCUAGAAAUUGCCAAAGCAUUCACUCAUAGAGCUGCUUUAACCCAUCAAAUUACAAAUUGUUGUACUGAGGUUUUUUUCGAACAAGCUUAUGAACAAGCUGAAAAAUUGGAUAAUUAUCUAUCUAAAACUGGUAAACUGAUUGGUCCAUUCCAUGGAAUCCCUAUUUCAUUAAAAGAUCAAUUAAAUAUUAAAGGUGUUGCCACUUCAAUUGGUUAUGUUCAUCGUUUAGGAAACAUUAUUGAAAAUGAUGAUGAUGAAGCAGUUUUGGUUAAACAAUUGAGAGGUCAAGGUGCGCUAUUUUAUAUGAAGACUGUUGUUCCAAUGGGGAUGAUGCUUUGUGAUACGUUUUCUGGUGCUUAUGGGCCUACUCAAAAUGCUCUAAAUAGACAUUAUUCUCCAGGUGGAUCAAGUGGUGGUGAAGGUGUUGUUGUCAAGGCAAAAGCUUGUAUUUUGGGAAUUGGAACUGAUAUUGCAGGUAGUUUAAGAACACCAGCUAUUUAUAAUGGGAUUUGGUCAAUAAGACCAACAAUCAAUAGAUUCUCGUAUCUGAAUGUUCAAAAUUCAUUUGCAAAUCAAGACAUCAUUGCUUCCACUAUUGGUCCAAUGGCUAACUCACUUGAAGAUUUGGAAUAUUUUGGUGAACACUUGUUAGGCGUUGAUUAUCAAUGGAUUCAUGAUCCAAAAGUUCCACCAAUCCCAUGGAAGACAAGUAUCGAGUUACCUUCGAAAUUAUCUUUUGGAUUUAUGAAAUGGAAUAAGAUUACAAUGCCCCAUCCUCCAAUUAUUAGGAUGAUGGAGACGGUUAAAAAAUCAUUAAUUUCACAAGGUCAUGAAGUUAUUGAAUGGGAACCUCCAAUUUCUCAUCAAGAGCUACUAGAUUUCAGUGUUAAAGUGUUUGGUGUUGAUGGAUAUCAGGAAAUCGUUAAAGAAGCUGAGCUAUCUGGUGAACCAAUUAUUCCUGAACUAUUAUAUUUAUGCGGUGGUGAGUUUCCUCCACCAAUCAAUUCAAUUGAAUCAUAUUGGGAACUAGCUGGUCAAAGAUAUAAAUACCAUCAACAAUACAUCAAGUAUUGGCUAUCAACAAAAGAUAAAACUUCAACAGGUAGACCAAUUGAUGCUUUAUUAACACCUGCAUGGAAUUGCUGUGCUGUUCCAAGAGGGAGAAUGGCUAAAUUAAAUGCUGAUUAUACCGUUCAGUUUAAUGUCUUAGAUUUACCAGCUAUUCCAAUGCCUUUAGGUAAAGCUGACUCUAAAUUGGACAAGAAGGAUCCAAAUUAUAAACCUGUAAACAAAUGUGAUCAAGAAGUUUAUGAUUCUUAUGAUGCAGAUUUCUAUGAUGGUGCUAAUGCUGCUGUGCAAAUUGUUGGUUUACAAAAAUUCACUGAAGAAAGAUUGAUCAAGCUGGCUAAAGUUGUCAGGGAUUCUGUAACCAAGUAG